AUGAGUGAGGAACCAUUAUCAGAGACAUCUUCUUCAUCCUCAUUUGUUCCUGUAGAGCAGGUCCAUAUACAAGAUGCGAUUCAGGUAAUUGAUGAAAACAAAAGAUUCAACAAUGCGAUCUUAGAUUAUGUCGGUAAAACGUCACUGGCAAAUGUGGGCCACAACUAUCACAUUGUAGCGGUAUUUGGAUCCCAAUCAACCGGUAAGUCGACCUUGUUGAACAAUCUUUUCAACACUAACUUUGAUGUGAUGAACGAAUACAGCAGACAGCAAACAACAAAGGGAAUUUGGUUGGCGUAUUCCCCAGGGGUUUCAACAACAUCAGGCCACGUUUCUACAAACUCAAAUAUACUCGUGAUGGACGUGGAAGGAACUGAUGGUAGAGAAAGAGGUGAAGAUCAAGACUUUGAGAGAAAAGCGGCUUUGUUUGCAUUAUCGACUUCGGAAGUGUUGAUUCUUAACAUUUGGGAAACACAGGUCGGGUUAUACCAAGGUGCUAAUUUGGGAUUGUUAAAGACCGUGUUUGAGGUAAACAUUACCUUAUUUGGUAAAAGCAAGUUGGACUCUACCAAUGACCACAAGGUUUUGUUGUUAAUUGUGAUCCGUGACCACGUUGGAACAACACCUGUUGAGAGUUUGGCCGAGACAAUCACCCAGGAUCUAAGAAAGAUUUGGGACUCGUUGCUGAAGCCUGGCGAGUUGAGUCAUUUGAGAUUUGAGGAUUUCUUUGAUUUGGACUUCCACGCAUUGAAUCAUAAGAUUUUACAACCAAAAGAAUUCUCGGACGGUGUUGGUAGACUUGGUGACAGGAUGGUGAAAAAGAACGACCUCUUUAAACCUGAAUACCACCACAACAUUCCAGUGGAGGGCUGGACCUUGUAUGCUGAAAAGUGCUGGGAACAAAUUGAAAACAACAAGGAUUUGGAUCUACCAACUCAACAAAUUUUGGUUGCUCAGUUCAAAUGUGACGAAAUUGUGGAGCAGACAUUUCAAGAUUUUUUGAAAAAAUUCAAUGAGCUAUUCAAAGAUGUGGCAAAGGAACCGUCUUUUGAGGAUAUUGGUGCGUUGUUUGUUGACUUGAAACAUGAUGUGCUUGAGGAGUACGACCAUGCAGCUGCCAAAUACAACAAGUCAGUGUACGAGCAAAAACGGGUCAAGUUGGAGUCCUUGAUUCACUCCAAGUUCAAGGAAGUGUUUGACUUGUACUCCAAGCAGUUGGUAGAAACCGCAAUAGCCUCGUUCAAACUGGACUUGGCAGCUUUGAAAGGGAAAGAUUUCAAUCAACAAAGUCAGAUAUUAUCGGCUAAUGUUGUCAACUUGACAAAAACAAGUUUGGGAUUGAUAUCCUUGAAUGGGGUAUUUUCAUACGACGAAACUUUGCAACAAAUUGAGAAAGAUCUUGCUGAUGCAAUCACUAAGCAACAAAAGAUUGAAUUGGACAGUAUUGUAAAUAAAUCGGCAAAGAGAUUAUCCACCAACUUGUCCAAAACUAUACAGUUUGAAUUGAAUGAUCCAAGCGAGUCAACUUGGGACAAGAUUUUAGAGCAAUUCAAUUUAUACGUUAAUGAAUUCACUAGCAAGUACGAUGGGGAUUUUGGGCUAAACACUUUGCAGGCAGACAAUGAGGAGGCUGUGAAGAAGUUUAAGUUCAAGUCGUGGAACUACUUUUAUGACCUUAUCCACAAGUUUAUCUACAAGGAGAGGGUGCUUGACAUUCUACAAAGCAGAUUUGACGACAAGUUUAGAUACGAUUCCAAUGGGUUGCCCAAGUUGUACCAGGAUGCAAGAGAAUUGGAGACUAGUUUUGCCAUUGCCAAGGAACAUGCUUUAGCAGUUUUGCCUAUUCUCACAAUUGCAAAACUCGGCGAUGACUCAGAGAUUGUGCCAGAUUUUGACAUUUUCAGUCCCAAAUUGAGACUUCAUUACUUGAAUGUGAAAUCGGAGCAAAGCGACGAUGAAGAUGAUGACGAGGAUGAGUCACAUUCGUUUGCAGACAUUAUUUCUGAAGCUGAAAAGUCACAUAUAUUGUCCAAAUUCAAGAAAGAGAUUGAUGCCAAGUUUGUGGAAACAAAGCGUUCGAUUGUUCAACAUGUCACGCAGAUCCCUUACUACGUAUAUCUUAUUAUCAUUGCGUUGGGUUGGAAUGAGUUCAUGGCAGUUGUGCGUAAUCCGUUUACGUUUGCUCUUGCUAUCUUGUUUGCCGCUUCAAUUUACAUCUUAUACACGUUGAAUCUUUUGAAGCCAGCAAUUGCCGUUGGACAGAGGCUAAUUGAUGAUGCAGUGAUUAUAGCGAAGGAAAAGUUACGCGAGGUCUUGAUUGAUGAUCACGAGAUCCAAGCUCGCAAUCUUGACAAGAUGACAGGAAAAGUAAAGCAGGCACACUUGGACAAAGAGUUUGAGGGUGAAACAAUUGUAAAUGCAAGCGAAGAAAAGCAACGGGAAGCGCUUGAGUAA